AUGCACCGCCUGCUGAGGGCACCAUUCGCCAAAUGUUGCAACUCGGCGAGGGCCACUCAGUUGCCUCUAGCCUGCCAUUACACGACGACGACGACGACGCCUGUAAAUAAUACAACACCUGAUUGGGACAGCGAUGAGGGUUUGUUUACUUUCACCCGUGGCCGGUUCCUGUAUGAUGAGAACCGCCAGAUGGCCCAGCGCACAGUGCGCUUCAGCAUGAGUAGGCUGGCGCGGGCCGCCGCCGCCUCCAUUGGCGCUGACCGCUGCGUGCACGUACAAAAAUGCCCCGACGGCCUCUACAACAAAGCCUACAUAUUCCGUAUGGAUGACGGUCGGGAGGUCAUUGGAAAGGUCCCGAAUCCAAACGCCGGCCUUCCCCAUUACACCACUGCUAGUGAAGUGGCCACCAUGGACUUCACUAAUUCUGUUGGUGCCGAGUACAUCAUCAUGGAGAAGGCAGAAGGCGUACCAUUGGGCCGAGUUUGGAAUAGCCUGGGAGCCCCAGACAAGUCCAAGCUGCUUCGCCAAGUUUUCCGCUUCACGAAUGCCUGGCUUGCCAACCCUCUCCCGGGGUAUGGCGGGCUCUACUAUGCAAAUGAUCUUCCAAGCGGGCGGUCAAUCCCAAUCGGGGGCACACAAUUUGCCAUUGGCCCAACCGUUGGAAGGGAUUGGUGCGAUGCUGGUCGAAAAGGGUUGGAGUGUGAUAGAGGCCCAUGGGGUUCGGCAUUGGAAUACCGCAGAGCCAUCGGGGUCAGGGAGCAAGCGGCAGUGCAUAAUCUCCCCCAGCGUGUACCACAGUGGGCCAUGCUCACAGGCCCUGGUCUAUACCAGCCUUCGCCCUCAAACAAGCUGUCGGCCCUCGCGGCGUAUCUCCAAGUUCUAGAUCACGUUUUGCCGCAAGAAUCCGACGCAGAGCUUCAAGACAUACUUCCUAGCCGGCUGUGGCACGACGACCUACACGCCGAGAACAUCUUCGUCAACCCCUCCGAGCCGACCCAGAUCACCGCCAUCAUCGACUGGCAUUCCACCCAAGCAGCCCCCCUCUUCGACCAUACCAUGGACCCCUCCUUUCUUGAGUACGACGGCCCGGAGAUCGGCGACGACCUCUCCAAACCCGCGCCGCUCGACACAACCGGGGUACCCGAGGAAGAAAAAGCGGCCAUGGUCGCCGCAUACAUCGACCGCGCGCUGAUGAUCGCCUGGCGCGGCCUCUUGCGCAGCCGGAACCCGGCGCAGUACCACACCAUCAAGUUCCAGGAUACCACAGCGGGCCACAUCCUCCAGGCCGCGCGGCGCGCGUACGAGGCCGGCGAAGCGCACCUCGCCGUACUUAUACUAGACCUCCGCGAUGCGUGGCCGGCGGACGCGGGCGCGGAUUUCCCCGUCACGCUGUCGGAACAAGAGGCAGCGCGGAUACGGCGUGCCACGGACGAGGCCGACCGGGGCGCGGGGCUGGUGGUGCAGGCCAAGGCACAGCUCGGCGACCGGUGGCCUGAGAACGGCCUCGUGGAACAUGAGGCGUAUGAGGAGACCAGGGCGCUGCUGACGUACGUGCGGGACGAGAUGGCGGAGCAGUGUUUUGGGGGGGAUGAGGUUGCGGAGGGGGAGUUUGUGAGGGGGUGGCCGUUUGAGAGUUGA